CUUUUUCUCUCAAUAAUUCAGCAAAAUGUCCAAGAAGGCCAAAUCUGCCCCAAAGGUUCAGGAGAACAUCUCGCUCGGUCCCCAGGUCCGUGGUGACGAGGAAGUUUUUGGUGUUGCUCAUAUCUUCGCCUCGUUCAACGAUACCUUUGUCCAUAUCACAGAUUUGACUGGUCGUGAAACUAUUUCCCGUGUGACUGGAGGGAUGAAGGUCAAGGCUGACCGUGAUGAGGCCUCACCUUAUGCUGCCAUGUUAGCUGCUCAGGAUGUUGCUGCCAAGUGCAAGGAAGUCGGAGUCACUGCUCUCCACAUCAAGCUCCGUGCCACCGGUGGUAACCGCUCCAAGACACCUGGUCCUGGUGCCCAAGCUGCUCUUCGUGCUCUCGCUCGUGCUGGCAUGAAGAUUGGUCGUAUCGAGGAUGUCACCCCUACUCCCACCGAUUCCACUCGCAAGAAGGGUGGUCGUCGUGGUCGUCGUUUGUAAAAAAAAAAAAAAAAAAAAAAAAA